CUCAGCCAAUGGGCGGCAGCCACAGAGCGUUCUGCCCGCAGAGCCAGGGCGCGGGGCGCAAAUAAAAGGCUCCCGCGGCGGGGGCGCGCGCCCCAGAGACGCGAACCGUCGUUGCGGAGCUUGCGGGCGGCCGCGACGCCGCCUGCCUGGCACCUCGGAGCGCAGCCGAUCCUCCCACAGCGCUGCCGACAUGGAACCGGAGCCCCGGCCCGAGUCCGUCACGCUUCUGGUGAAAAGCCCCAACCAGCGCCACCGCGACUUGGAGCUGAGCGGUGACCGCAGCUGGAGUGUGGGCCAUCUCAAGGCCCACUUGAGCCGCGUAUAUCCCGAGCGUCCGCGUCCAGAGGACCAGAGGUUAAUUUAUUCGGGAAAGCUGUUGUUAGAUCACCAAUGUCUCAGGGACUUGCUUCCAAAGCAGGAAAAACGGCAUGUUUUGCAUCUAGUGUGCAAUGUGAAGAGUCCUUCAAAAACGCCAGAAAUCAACACAAAGGUUGCUGAAUCCACAGAGCAGCCCAUUGGUCCUAAUCAGGGACAGUAUCUUGGGGAUUCCUCAAGUGAUGGUUUACGGCAGAGGGGAGUUCUUCAGAACCUUUCUCCCUCUGGAUGGGAGAACAUUUCAAGGCCUGAAGCUGCCCAGCAGGCAUUCCAAGGCCUGGGACCCGGUUUCUCUGGCUACACACCCUAUGGGUGGCUGCAGCUCUCCUGGUUCCAGCAGAUCUACGCACGGCAGUACUACAUGCAAUAUUUAGCAGCCACUGCUGCAUCAGGGACUUUUGUCCCAUCACCAAGUGCACAAGAGAUACCUGUGGUCUCUCCACCUGCUCCAGCCCCUAUUCACAACCAGUUUCCAGCUGAGAACCAGCCAGCCAACCAGAAUGCUGCUGCUCAAGUGGUGGUUAAUCCUGGAGCCAAUCAAAAUUUGCGGAUGAAUGCACAAGGUGGUCCUAUUGUGGAAGAAGAUGACGAGAUAAAUAGAGAUUGGUUGGAUUGGACCUACUCAGCAGCUACAUUCUCCGUUUUUCUCAGUAUCCUCUACUUCUACUCUUCCCUAAGCAGAUUCCUCAUGGUCAUGGGGGCCACCGUGGUUAUGUACCUGCAUCAUGUUGGGUGGUUUCCAUUUAGACAAAGGCCGGUUCAGAACUUCCCAAAUGAUGGUCUUCCUCCUGAAGCUGUUAACCAGGACCCCAACAAUAACCUACAGGAAGGCACUGACCCUGAAACCGAAGACCCCAACCACCUCCCUCCAGACAGGGACGUACUGGAUGAUGAGCAGACCAGCCCUUCAUUUAUGAGCACAGCAUGGCUUGUCUUUAAGACUUUCUUUGCCUCUCUUCUUCCGGAAGGCCCCCCAGCCAUAGCAAACUGAUGGUGUUUGUGCUGUAGCUGCUACAGGCUUCAACAAGAACGGAAUGGAUCAUCUGAUUCCAACUAGAUUUCCUCACCUCAACAUGGCAAUGGCAGAGUUAUUAAAAUACCGACAAGGAUGAUGUGCUUUUGUGAUCAAGCAAAAGCAAAAAGACGUGAAGCCGUGAUACAAAUUGACGAACAAAAAAUGCUCAAGGCUUCUCAUGUCUUUAUUCUGAAGAGCUUUAAUAUAUACUGUAUGUAGUUUCAUAAGCAUUGUAAGUAGAAGGCAUAGGUGUUGCAUGUUUAUGCUUGAAGAACUUUUCUAGAUGUGUGUGUCUGCAUGUGUGUUUGUAUAUAGAAGUCAUAGAUGCAGAAAUGGUUCUGCUGGUACGAUUUGAUUCCUGUUGGAAUGUUUAAAUUACACUAAGUGUACUACUUUAUAUAAUCAAUGAAUUGCUAGACAUGUUUUAGCAGGACUUUUCUAGGAAAGACUUAUGUAUAAUUGCUUUUUAAAAUGCAGUGCUUUACUUUAAACCAGGGGGAACUUUGCAGAGGUGAAAACCUUUGCUGGGUUUUCUGUUCAAUAAAGUUUUACUAUGAAUGACCCUGGCA